AUGAAGUUUAAUCUUAAAACUCUGGCCCUUACAAUAGGGCUGGCCACCUUUGCAUUUUCCAACGUUUCUGAAGCAGCAAAUGCUGCAGAUUAUUAUGUGGGAUCACUACCUGGUCUUCCGGAUCAUGUAAAUUUGAAGUCACAUGCUGGGCACAUAACAAUUGAUGAACUAUCAGAUUCUAAUAUAUUCUUUUGGCUAAUGCAUAAUCGCCAUAUUGCUAACAAAGCUAAAUUAGUUAUUUGGCUCAAUGGAGGUCCUGGUUGGAUUAAUGAGGAUCAAACAUUGAAACCUUUAUAUGGAGGAUGGAAUGAGUUUGCUAAUGUGUUGUAUGUUGAUCAGCCUGUAGGAACAGGAUUUAGUUUCUCAAAACCAAACGCUUAUGUGAAGAACAUGACUCAAGUCACGCAACAAUUCUUAUCGUUCCUUGAUAAAUUUUUUGAAAUUUUUCCAGAAUAUUCUCAAGAUGAUAUGUAUUUGUCCGGAGAGAGCUAUGCUGGGACAUUCAUACCAUACAUAGCAAAUGGAAUUUUGAAACGUAAUAAUGAAAGGAAAACACCUGAUUAUCAAAAGUAUAAUUUACGAGGAAUAGCGAUCGGAAAUGGAUGGAUUGAUCCUAAUACACAAGUUCUUGCGGAGUCACAAUUAAAAGUAUGUAACGAUAUUUUAAAGGGAUCAUCUAAAAUCAAGGUCGAAGAAUGUGAACAAAUUCUUAGCAUAAUUUUGCAGAACUCACGGAAACGUGUUAAAACAGGUCAGACGUGUAUAAAUCAAUACGAUAUCCGAGAUCAUUCUGAUUCAUAUCCUUCUUGUGGGCUUAAGUGGCCAUACGAACUAGCUACUGUCUAUAAAUAUUUGCGUAGGCCUGACGUUGUUAAAUCUCUUCACGCAACUAAGAGACAAGGUUUUUGGAUAGAAUGUAGCAGUUCAGUUAACAUGGGAUUCGAUGGUGAUAAAAGUCCACCUUCUAUAACGAAUAAUACAAAAUUACUUUGGUAUGUUAAUGAUACUCUUGCAGGGCAUAUUGUCACAGAGAGAAAUCUUACAUAUGUUAAAGUAUAUAACGCAAGUCAUAUGGUACCAUAUGAUGUUCCUCUUGUAACUAUGGAUAUGAUGUAUAGAUUUAUGGGAUUGGAUCAUCAUAUAGAAAAAUUUCCAUCAAGGAUCGAGUCGGAAGAACUAAAUAACGAUAAACAAAACGAUUCAGAUUCUGUAAACGAGCAAGAAAUUUGGAAUCGUUAUUAUGAUGCUGGUACUACAACACUUAUAAUCGUUAUUUUUGGUGUAAUUGGAUUGGCUAUAUUCAUAUUUCGAGGAAAAAUUAUGAAAAAAUUCCAGCAUACUAAAGUAGAUACCGAAGAGGAACAAUUUAUUGAUUCAGAUGGUGAUGGAGAUAGCGGUACCGAAGAUAAUCAAAAGUCAGAUGAAAAUAAGAAAAAAUAUAAAGAUGAAGAAGAACAGAUAAAUUAA